UCUACCUUCUUCUAUCUAAAGAAAGUCUUUACACAGAGAACCCCAAACCAAGAAAAAAAAAAGAGAAAAGAACCAAAAAAAAAUAUAAUAUAUUAGGCCUUUGUAAAUUUAGAAUAAAUGGAAGAACAUCUAAAUCCAUUAGCGGUGACUCAUCUUCUUCAACACACACUAAGAAGCUUAUGCAUCCAUGAGAAUUCUCAAUGGGUUUAUGCUGUCUUUUGGAGGAUCUUGCCCAGAAACUAUCCUCCUCCCAAAUGGGAUGGUCAAGGAGCUUAUGAUAGAUCGAGAGGAAACAGAAGAAACUGGAUCUUGGUUUGGGAAGAUGGGUUUUGCAACUUUGCAGCUUCUGCCGGGGAAGUAAGUACCGGUGAGUGUAGCGGUGGCGGCUCGACCGCUUAUGGAAGUAGUGAUUUUCAACAAUAUCAAGGGCUUCAGCCUGAGUUGUUCUUCAAGAUGUCGCAUGAAAUCUACAAUUAUGGAGAAGGGUUGAUAGGAAAAGUAGCUGCAGAUCACAGUCACAAGUGGAUUUACAAAGAACCUAAUGACCAAGAGAUUAACUUUUUAUCUGCUUGGCACAACUCUGCUGACUCAUACCCUAGGACAUGGGAAGCUCAGUUUCAGUCUGGUAUCAAAACCAUUGCCUUGAUUUCUGUUCGAGAAGGUGUUGUCCAGUUAGGAGCUGUUAACAAGGUGAUAGAGGAUUUAAGCUAUGUUGUGAUGUUAAGAAAAAAGCUGAGCUAUAUAGAGAGCAUCCCUGGAGUUCUUCUUCCUCAUCCUUCUUCUUCUGGUUACCCUUUCAUCAACGCUUCACCUUCUGAAACAUGGCACUUCCCCGGAGUGGCUCCUUCACAGCAGCAGCCUGAGCACCAGUUUUAUCACUCUGACCACAACCACCGCUUCUUGCAGCCACAAGGGGUAGGAGCCGCUGCACCGCCUCUACCUCUUUCGAUGAAGAUCACACCGUCGAUGAGUAGCCUCGAGGCGCUUCUCUCUAAGCUCCCGUCGGUUGUACCUCCGGCGACUCAGCCAGGAUACUUCCCAUUUCACCACAGUGCUAAAGAAGAAAUGAGCCAAGAAGAUCAAAAUGAUUCGUUUAGGGCUGAACGUAAUGAUUUGGUGGGUGAGGGUAGUAAUAAUCAUAACCAUAAUAAUUACAAUAGUAAUAAUGAUAUUUAUAACUAUAGCAAUAAUUGCAACAAUAAUAAUUACGAUAGAGAGAAUAAGAUAGGUGGGUUUCUUAGUGAGGAUUAUUGAUUGUAUUCAAAUCUCUCUCUCUCUCUUUUUUUUUUCGUACAAUAAGUAUAAAUUGUACUAAGAAUUUUCGUAGUCUGACAUUAUCAAUUCUUAGAUUUUAUUUUU